AUGUCUGUAAUCUUCGAAAAAAAUCGUCUGUAUCAAACAUUGGUUAUUGGCGAUAAGGGUGUGGGAAAAUCAAGUUUUGCAUUUGCCAAUGCUAAUUCUGUUUUACCAAGAGAUCUCGUCAAUUUUAUGCAUUUCCAACAGGCAACACAUACUUUUGAGGCGAAUGGUAAACCUGUUGAACUCGCCGUGUGGGUUCCUUUAACCGGCCGAGCAUAUGAUUGUACUCGAAGAGCCUCAUAUAAAAAUGUGCAUGGGAUAUUUAUUGUCUAUGAUGUAACGAAGCGAGAAUCAUUUAACCACUUGCAAAGUUGGUUAACAGAAAUUCAACAAUGGAAUGGUGGAAACGCCCAGAAAGUCAUCAUUGGAAUGAAGAAUGAUUUGGUGAAUCAACGGGGUGUCAGCUUCCAAGAAGCCAAACAAUACGCUGCUUCAUUGAAUAUUCCUAUGUUUGAAGUGUCUGCACAUGAACAUGACUUCAUCGAUAUUAUAUUCAAAACUAUGAUUUCCUAUAUUCAGCCUGAUAUACAUCUCACUUUGAUACGUAUUCGUUCGGAACACUCCGUCGCUGUUGAAAGGAAUAUGCAGGAUCAAGGUCAUCAAAAUGCUGCAGAGGGUGAACAUGCUCAUAGAGAGAUUGGCAUCGAUGAUGUUCCUCCUGUGAUAAAAAGAACAACUAAACCGUCCGAACAGAUAUUACAUCAAUUGUUUUUUCAGCAAUAUAACAAAUCCCAUCGAAUGUUUUCGCUUUUUCUCUCAAGCUUUUUUCUGUACAUUUGA